AUGGUCCGCUAUCUCCUUUUCCCUUAUUGGCUAUGGGUCCCGUGGCCCUGGAGGCUGGUCGUCGAGCAAGGGCCGGUUAUCGGCUUUAUUACUAAGUACUGGGUCGGGAACCCGGGGGGGGGCUGGAACGGCCGCCAGAUCCGCAACGCAUGCCAGACCGCCAUCGCGCUGGCCGAGUACGAGGCGCGGGGCAGCCACGACAUGAUCGACGCCGCGGAGGACAAGGCCCUGGGCGCGGACGAGAGUGCAACAUAG